UGAGGGAAAAAAGAAGUUUGAAGACGAGCCGCGGGCAGCAGGACUCCCUCACAUCCUCUGCUCAGUUCAAAAGCGGCCAGACUUCCCCAUCCCUUUAAACACCUUCACCGCGGAGUUGGGUUAUGCUUCGAUAUUUUUGAAUGUUAAAGUAAAGGACAGUUUUUAAUUGUCGUGUUUUGAAGGUCUGGCGGUCAGAGGACUGCAUUAACGCCCGGUUAAUGAUAUUUCCAGCGGGCAGCUGUGCAUCCUGCCCCCGGGAAAAGGUUUGCACAACACCGUGGGACUUUGCAACAAACCCGUAGACGAAAAAAAACACGGAAAAGGAACUGCAAUCUGGAAGUAUUUCUCUUUCGUAAUCAGCGUUUCAGUCGCUGGUCUUUUGCAACUUUUAACCAGAAAUGGUUGGCAGGUUCAACUUGUCAAAUGUAUGUGAAGGAGAUCCACUGGAUAUGAGUUGCAGGGCUGAUAGAGGACUUGACAGCCCGGAUUCCGGGUUACCCCCGAGUCCGAGCCCCAGCGCAUGGCUGCUGCCUGUGUGUGCGGAUAAAGCCGGGGGCGUGAGCCCGGUGUCUGAAGACGAGGGCAGGGGCUCCCUGGUUCCAGUUUUACCUACUGGAUCUUUCCAGCAGCUACACCCAUUGUCCUUUGGGGAGGGCAUAGCACUUGAUCCAUUACCGUCGAAGGAAAUAAGAUACACCUCAUCCGUGCACUACGACUCGGACCGCCAUUUCAUCCAGGGUGUGGCCCUGUUGCCUACAGGCCUGGGCCUUGAACACUGCAGGCAGACCAUCAUGGCCAUGCCCCACAGUACCUGGCGCCACUACAAGACACAACUGGAGUUCCAGCCUCGCCAUCGGCCGCAGCACUUCAAGAGUACCACCAUCGUCUUCCCUAAGAAAACCAGCGCCCUCUACACCACAGAGCUGAGCUACAAUUGCCACCGACUGUCCAAACGUUUCCUCUCCAGCGUGGAGCUGGAGGCUGCUGGUCGCAGAGAGCUACCUCAGUGAGGGAGGGGACAGGUGGCUGGGGACACGCAUCCCCUAUACUGUAGCUCCCCAAAGGCUGGCUGCCAUUUGACCUGCUGUGUUGUCUUUUUACACGUGUGUUAUCUUUUUAAGUAUUCUUCCUAAGCUGUGGACAGGAAGUACCUCUGCUGUGAUGUUACAGAUAUCAGAGGUGACAAGACAUGGACAAAGUGGGUAAAAUAUCCAUUCAGUCCAUGUCUUCAUGUUUAUAUUCCUGCCAAAGGAUGAUCAAUCAGUUGGAAUGGUUAUUUUAUUAAAUGCUUCACUUUGCAGCUUGUUGGUUUUCAGAAGCAUAUGCUCAUAUUUUAGUUUUUACUGGCUGUAGAAUUGGCUCAUAUGGAGAUGAGGAGAAUACACAUUUGCCCUCAGCAGAGGAACUCUCCUCAUGUCGCAUCAAGCUGGUCAAGUAAACCGAAUGAUUGAUUGGUUUAAAAUUUGAACGAUGAGGCCCGCCUCAGUUCAAGGAAUUAGUUUGUAAUCAUAGAGAAAAUUUCUUUUAAAACUACUAACUUAGAAUAUGGUUCAAAGUGACUCAUGCAAAGCAGAGGAAAGGAAAAUGAAAUGUGGUGCUGGGGUUUGGGUGUAUGCUAAGAAAUCACUAAUGUAUCCACACUGUACAACGGGUGUGGUAAAAAUACUGAACGCAUGUUUCUUCACAGGGUAUUGUGUGUUUCUGCACAACAUAGACACAAGCUAAGCUCUUCUCAAGCCUCCUCUCUGUCCACUGUGUAUAGCUGCGAUUCAUAAUGUAUUAUCAAAAUGUUGGUAGAUUAAGGGAACUUUUCUUUUAGGUAGUAUAGAUGGAUAAUGAGUGUGGAGUUUACUAAAAAGUGGAUAUUAUUUUUGAUAUCACUCACUGGCUUACUAGUGAAAAUAACAAGGUGCAUUCCACUGCCACCACUUCCUUUGGCUUUACUUGGAUUGAAAUUGUAUUUAUAAUGUUUGAAUUUUAGGUUCUGAGAUUUUAUCAGCUGUUUAACGGGUCUCUCCACAGACAGAAAGGGAUAUUUUUGUGAUGCCCUUUGUGCCAUAUUAAUGUGUGUUGAUGCUUCUUUGUGAUAUUAGUCACUAAUUCAGUGUGAGUUUGAAAUAAAGUGUUCAUCAGUUCAACAAUUUUA